UAUUGCCUUAGCAGUUAUGUUGAAUCUUGAACACUGCGAGAGAUCAAAAUCAAAUAACCUCUCAGUCCGGAUGACGGCCUUAUUGAUUCAGGUUUGGUUGUUCUUGCUCUAGAAAAAAACCAGCGAAGAGCUCCCGCAGGAAGUCUUCCCUCUGGGGGCACAACACCACCUUCGACUGAGCCAGGGGAGCAGCAACACCUCCUCCGACUUUGACUUUGAGAAGCUGCUCCUGAGCGAGGAGGAGCCCGCAGAGGAGCCCGUCGUCGGGGAGCCAGGGGUCCCCCCAGAGGAGCCUGAUGCGCAGCCCGAGGGAGGAGCCGAGCCCGCCUUCCUGGACCGGAUCCAGCAGCUGAGCACCGAGGAGGGGAUGGUGGGGAGGAUGGAGUCCGAGGGGAGCGACGAGGCGGAAGAGGACAGACAACACCUGGUGGUUCUGGACCCCGACCACCCGCUGAUGGUGAGGUUCCAGGAUGCCCUGAAGAACUACCUGAACCGCCAGAUAGAGAAGCUGAAGCUGGAACUUCGAGAGCUGAGCUUGGCCACCAAGCAGAGCCGAGGGCAGCGGCAGGAGCUGGGGGUGGAUCUGUACGGGGUCCAGCAGCACCUGGCCCGCCUGCAGAUGCAGCUGGAGAAGAGCCACGACCUGCACUCGAUCGCCGCGCGCGCCCGGCGGCAGAAGGAGGCCGAGCUGCAAGCCGCGCGGCUGCUCUACACCCGGACCUGCGAGGCGGCCGACGGCGAGCGCCGCAAGCUGGCGGCUCUGCAAGCUGAGCUGGAGAGGCUGGCUCUGCACCUCUUCUACAUGCAGAACAUAGACCAGGACGUGCGUGACGACAUCCGUGUCAUGAAGCAAGUGGUGAAGAAGUCAGAGGCGGAGCGCACGCGGGCCGAGGUGGAGAAGAAGCAGCAGGACCUUCACGUGGACCAGCUCACCACCAAAGCCAACCAGCUGCAGGAGCAGAUCGCCCUGCUGGAGGCUCAGAGCUACGCGCAGGCCGAGGACACGCGGGCUCUCAGGAAAGCCGUGAGCGAGGCCUGCACAGAGAUCGAUGCCAUUAACAUGGAGAAGAGGCGCAUCCUGCAGCAGUGGGCCACCUGCCUGGUGGGCAUGAAGCAUCGCGACGAGGCCCACAGAACCAUCCAGGAGGCGCUCAGCGAGUGCCAACACCAGAUCAUGUCCAUCGAUGGUGAGAUCGAGGCCUACAAGAAAUCCAUCAUGAAGGAGGAAGAGAAGAACGAGAAGCUGGCAAGCAUCCUGAACCGCGAGGAGACGGAAACCCACCUGAUGCAGAAGCUGACCACGCAGUGCCUGACCAAGCUGGAGGCGCUGCAGAAUGAGUUCAACACCUACCGCCUGGCGCUGCAGGCCACAGAGGACGCGCUGGGCAAGGCCCAAGUGGAGUGCACGGCCACCAUGGGCGAGCUGCAGUCCGUCCACCAGGCCAUCCAGCACGAGCUAGAGCUGAGGAGGAGGAUGGACGCCUCCAUCGUGGAGAAGCUGCAGGAGCACAUGACCUCCAACAAGAUGACCAAGUACUUCCACCAGCUCAUCCUGAAGCUCCAGAAGGAAAAGACCAACCUGGUGACACAUCUUUCCAAAAUCGACGGCGACAUAGCUCAGACCACCCUCAACAUCACAAACACCAACUGCAGGCUGGACAUGCACCAGAAGACGCUGGGCGAGCUGGACAGUGAGGUGAAAAAGGUCAACGACCUCAUCACCAACAGCGAGAACGAGAUCUCCAGGCGCACCACCCUCAUCGAGAGGAAGCAGGGCCUCAUCAACUUCUUCAACAAGCAGCUGGAGCAGAUGGUCUCUGAGCUGGGGGGGGAAGAAGUGGGGCCCCUGGAUCUUGAAAUCAAGAGGCUGACGAAGCUGAUGGAAGAACACAACAGCAACGUGACGCAGGCCCAGGUGACGUGGCUCCGCCUGCAGCAGGAGAUGGUGAAGGCCACUCAGGAGCGGGAGGCACAGCUGGUGGCCCUGGACACGUUCAGGAAGGAGGUGCACAUCCUGGAGCAGAAGAAGCUGCGGGUAGAGAGCAAGAUCGAUCAGGAGAAGAAGGAGCAAAAGGAGCUUGAGCGCCACAUGAAGGAUCUGGACAACGACCUGAAGAAGCUCAACGUGCUGAUAAGCAAGAACCGGAGCAGCUCUGAGGGGCUGCAGCAGGACAACCUGGUGAUGGAGAAGGAAUUCGUGCGCUCGCUGAAGGCCUCAGAGAGGGAGACUAUCGAGAUGCAGGAGAGGCUGAGCCAGCUGCAGGAGGAGAAGGCGGCUAUGCUGAACAACCUGGUGGAGGCAGAACACCAGAUCAUGCUGUGGGAGAAGAAAAUCCAGCUGGCCAAAGAGAUGCGAGCAUCGGUGGACUCCGAGACAGGCCAGACAGAGCUGCGAGCCAUGAAGGCGGAGAUCCACCGGAUGAAGGUCAGGCACGGGCAGCUGCUCAAGCAGCAGGAGAAGAUGAUCCGGGACAUGGAGCUGGCCGUCGCCCGCAGAGAGACCAUCUCGAUCCAGGCCAAGGGGCAGAGCAAAACGGAUAAGAAGCUGCUCACCCGGACAGACUUCCACCACAAGCAGACAGAGCUGCGACGCAAGAUCAAGGACACUCACAAGGCCACCGAGGAGUGCACCAAAGUCAUCUCAGAACUGGAAGAAACUCAAAAACACGUGAGCAGCUCCCUCAUGGAGAAGCAGGAGCAGCUAUCAAUGAUGCAGUCCAGCACGGACGAGCUGGAGGCCGACCUGGACCGGCUCCUGGCCCUCAAGCAACAGAACCUCUCGGAGCUGGUGGCCCGGCAGACUCGCCUCAAGCACCUCCAGGCUGUGAAGGACGGGAGGUACGUGUUCCUGUUCCGCUCCAAGCAGUCGCUGCUGGCCGAGCACAGGCGCCUGGACAACCGGAUGGCCACCAUCAGCAGCAUCCUGGACCACGUGAAGGACGAGUACCCCCAGUUCCAGGAGGCCCUGCUCAAGGUCAGGGAGGCCAUCGCCAGGAAGCUGCAGCCGUCUGGGCCCCCCUAGAGAGCAGCCUGCCCCCACCCCGCACCCCGAGCCCAGCAUGCUGUGUGCCAAGGUCGGGGCACGUUUGCAUCAUUGAAAGCCUCGUGCACCCCUGUUGGAGGCGCAGGUAGGCCAGCGCUGCAGAUCCAGAUCCUCCCAGACCCCAGCGUUUCCAGUGGCCUUUUGGGGAGUCUUGCACCCCACGCAGGCCCACCCGGGGUCGGGGGGGGGGGGCCGCCCACCUCCACCGUUGGGAGUG